CCAUGGGAAGAGAUGGUAGUAGUGUUCGGACCUAAAUCACAGUCGAAUUCUGACGCAAAAAACUUGUCAACAACCAACGUUUCCUGGGCUCGAACGGACCAAUUUUACUACUACAGACGACCGUGUUUGCCGUGUACUAUAUCAUCAAUUCGUAGCGAAACGGCUGCAGGAAUCAACGUUGUUGCCGUUGCUCGGUUUUCCUUUUGGAAGAAAUUUAAAAAACAGUCGACAAUCUGGACGAGUAUUUUGUCUUGAGGGAACCUUUUUUUGUAUUGUUCGGCUGUCCUCUGUAAAAAAUACCUUAAUAUCUGGCGGAAAAAGGCCUUAAUCUGUAUUAUGAACAUGGCAUCUAUCACACAACUUGGCUCUCGCAGCUCUAACCUGAUGGAAACGAGUGAGCGAGACAGCAGCAGCUCCUCUUCCAGUGAACCGAUGAGCUGGAUUACAUGGUUCUGUAGUCGUGCUGGUCAUGAGUUCUUUGUGGAAAUAAAACCGGAGUUUAUUGAGGACCCAUUCAACUUGACGGGCCUCAGCAUGGCUGUUCCCUUUUACAGAGAAGCUUUGGAGCUAAUCCUCGACCGGCUUCCCACUGAAACAUUAGAGCACAUUGGUGUCGAGGUGCUUGAAACGAGUGCACAGGUACUUUAUGGCUUAAUCCAUCAACGCUUCAUUCUUACUCGUACUGGUCUUCAUAUGAUGGCUGAAAAAUACACAGUUGGACACUUUGGAUGUUGUCCGCGCGUGUACUGCAACUACAUCCACACACUUCCCUGCGGCCGUUCCGACAUUGUUGGUCUCGAGCCUGUAAUGCUUUUCUGUCCAAACUGUCUUGACAUAUACACUCCUUCCAGUUCACGGUACCGCAAUGUGGACGGUGCGUUUUUUGGAACGACGUUUGCCCAUUUAUUCUUUCAGACUUAUCCGGAGCUGCGACCAAAACGAACAGGCCCUAGCGGCAAAGUGUACGAGCCGCGCAUAUACGGCUUCAAAAUCAGUGAAUAUAGCACCAUGGGUCCUCGAAUGCAAUGGUUGCGAUUGUUUCUCAGUGAUACCGAAAGCAGUGAACGAGAUAGCUCUUGAUAUAACUAGACUGAACCCCCAACAAAAUGCAUGUGCUAACAAUGAACAAACAAAUGACAGUGAGAGAUUUCACUCAGGUGCUUUAAACAGUUGUUGGUCUCUCACUAAAGAGUCGAUUUCACAGCACAGUUACACACUACACGCUAAACAAGCACCCCGUAUUUGUCGAAUUGCAUGGUGAGGGUGAAACGCGGCAUGCUCGACGUAAACUGAUUGGAUUGCAUUUCUAAAACUAACUGGCUUCUACUAGAGUUGCGAAUUUGUUUUAAAUGAGACACCUGCACGAAGACAAACAACCGAAACAGCUUACACUCUUUUAGCGCGUCUUCUGUUCCGACGUUGACGCUCUCUGUCGAGAAGCUUCUUUUGCUCCUCAGCAGAGAGAUUGGAAACAUCGCUGCCGGAUGACUUUGCACUAGCAGGAGACUUCUUCUUGGACUUAGCUUGUUGAGCGGCAGCAUAUUUAGCAACGUCUUCAGCAGCCGUCUUUCUGGCUUGAACAAGCUUCUUGGUAACUUCGGGACGCCAUUGGAAGCUGGAAGAAGCCAUGUCGGCAAUGGCGAGAGAUGCGGCCACCAUUGCUUCAGCCGACUCGUUAGAGAUGGAGCGAACAGCGCUGAUGUUGGGGAUGGAGAUGGAAGCAUCGACACGAGGGACACAAGUAAUGUCCUUGGUGUCUGCAGGAGGAAUGCUGGGUUGGUCGGUGACGAUGAGGAACUCGAGGGUAUCCAAGGAUCUCUUAACGGCCUCCAGGAAGCGUUCGUUUCCGAGGAUGUUCUGAGUAAUCUCGGCAUUUUCAGACAUAACAACGUGGGUCUUGGGCAACAAAGGAGACUCAGAAAUGCGAGUGAAACCAAGGUCGUAGCGAGUUUCACGCAGAGUCCGCAUGCAAUCCUUGCGGACAAUAGCGAAUACAAAUGGUUCCCAAUUGAGCUUGUCGGGGAACGUGAGCAUGAUUUCAAAAUGGUCACGAGGAGGCAGAACUGGAGCCAUCAGGUUGCCCAUAACCAAAUCGAUAGCGGACGAGAGCCAUUGAGACAGCCGGUCUUGACGAGGAGCAAGUGUAAGUGUAGUGUGCACGUACUUGACAUUCAGACGACCCGUCAAAUACGAACGGAACUCGGCAGCACUGAACUUCAUCACAGGGCUGGAAGAGUUGUCGGAUCCAUAUUGAGCAAAUUGUGAGCGGAAGAACGACUGCACCGAUUCAUACCAGCGUUGAGCCAACUUUUCAUUUUUCUUCUUUCCCAAGACAUAGCACACAAAGUAAAAUGCAAUCAAACCAACAACAACAAGGUCCAAUUUAAAGUCCUGAGGACGCAAGUUUCUCCACAACGAGCCUUUUGCAGCAGCGACGACGGGAUGAGCAUCGUCAUCUGCAAAGUCAUCCACGUCAAUCUCCUCAGCAAAGGCUUUCACAAAGAGCCCAAAGAUGACAAGAAGCUUCAUGUGGUGGGAAGGAGAGUGAGUGUAUGUAGCACACGCUUGGAUUACUGCAGUAAACUCUAAGGGAACAGCUGCAGCGAGGAUUUGUGUGGGAGAAAG